AAGCUCUAUGUUUGUCUGGUUCUUUAUGGUACAGCUUUAUAGUUUCUAUGGGUUGUGGUUCCGUUUGUAGUUUCAUGGUGCAGCUUAGAUGUUUUCUCUUGAUGGGGUUUGUGUCUCCCUUAUGUGGAAUUAGGCUCUCGUAAAACUCUCGAGCUUCGUUUCUGAUUGUGUUGACUUUGUAUUCUGUUUCAAAUUUCGCCAUGGUUUAAUAUAAGAAUCUUUCAGUGAAAAAGGCUAGAAAAAUAAAAGAUUUCAUGUCUGUUUUUUCUGCACCGUGAUAUAUAAAAUAGUUUCUUAAGAUCAUUUCAAAUAACUGUCACAAAGAAUCAAAAUCUACUCGUUGUGCCUUCAAGAUUUUUUUUUUUUUAAAACCUUUGAUUCAUUUCAAUAGUCAUUUUUGCUGAACACACUAUAAACAAAUAUUUUCUCACACAGUUCAAUCACUAGAUAACUUGUGCAUAACAAACCUUAGACCAUCUCCAAAGGUGGGUUUUAGGCUGAGGCUCUAAAGCAAAAUAAGGAAAAAAAUAAAUCAAAAAUGGUAUAAUUACACAGAACCGCUGCCUAAUUGAGAGGAUGUAGAAUCAGUAAAAACCCCAUAUGUGUCCUUUUAUUAUUGGCUUAUUCCUUUUUGCCUUCUCUCUUCCGUUUCAUCAAUAUUUUUUCUUUUGGUCUGAAAAAUCUCUUGAUCAAUUGGUUGAUUACGCCGGUCGUGUUUGUUUUCCGUGGUGUGGGAAGGGAGGCAUCUUGUAGAUGGAACCGGGGCUGCUAUCAAGGAGAACGCCAUGAAAAUCGCCAUGUCGGAGAUUUUCCUCUUGAGGAAGAUCAAUCACCCCAACAUCAUUCGCUUCAUCGACAUGAACGAGUUUCGUCUUCUUUUGCUCUGUCUUUACAUGAUUGAGAUGUUGGUAGAUUACGCCGGUCGUGUUUGUCGUUGAACCUAAUGGAAACUCCGGUGAAGCUCCGGCGGUGGAAUCGUCGAGUGAUAUCUUCCAACGGUGGUUGGGAGAAGACCUGGAAAGCAGGAGCAACCCCAUGGGACUUGCUGGACCAACUCCGAUCAGUAAACAUCUCGCUGAGACGGGUUCAUUGCCUAAAGGCAGAGCUCUUGUUCCUGGUUGUAGAACGUAUGUUCUUGGACAAGGACACAGCUUUCUUAAAUAUCUUAUGUUGUGUGCUUGCCAGCAAUGAAACAUUGCAGGUUUAUGAUGUGGUGGCAGUGGCCUGCCCUGAUCGUCAUGUGGUUGGAUUAUCAAAAACUGUGAUUGAAAAAUCAUCAAAGGUGUCAACAGUUCAUCUUUGCCCAAUGCAAACUAGUGUGAGACCUCCAUGGGCACAAAGAAUAGAAAAGCUUCUGAAACCAAGUGGAGAGCUUAUAACAUUGAUGUUUCCUGUAAGCAUUACAAUGAUGGAUGAGCGUUCUGGGGGUCCUCCUUACAAAGUAUCUGUGUCUGAUUACGAGAAGGUUCUGAUUCCACUGGGAUUUGAGGCAAUGUCCAUUGUGGACAAGGAACGUGCUAUAACACCACGCAAGAUACAUCAAACUAUAGUACAAAAGCUAUAGUCCCUUUUCUAGCUCGUGAUGUCAUUAAAGGACCUUGACAAAACAAGAUCGACAAUGUCACACGUGUGAAAGUCGUAGGAAGAUCCUCUUUGCUUUUGCUACAAACCAACCAGUUUUCACGAGAAGAGGUUAUAUCUGAAACUCAAAGCUGGGUUUUACUCGAAUCUUCCACUUCUUUUGUAGUGUCUUUUGAUGUCUUAUCAUUGAUGAAACCUAAGACGCUUAGAAUCUUUCUUAUUAAUAUUUUCUUUUCAGAAAGUUAUAGGUUUCCCCCUUGAUUUAUAUAUAGUGUCUCUGAGGCUAGAGGAUGCUCAGACCAUCAAAGAUGCAUGAUUUCAAUUCAAAACGAGUUUAUAAAACCUAAGAAGCCUUUCAAGUUUAUCAAUGCAGUUGCGGACUGAUGGUUAACGAAUUCUGGUAGGAGACUGAGUUUUUGUUCAACUCUACUUCAACUCUUUUCAGGCUUUCAAAAAAAUUAAAGACUCUGAAACCGGCGAUCAAGAAACUGAGUAAAGAGAAAGUAGAAGAUAUAUAAAAAAAAAACAAAGGAGGCCUUCUCAAAGCUCUGUGAAUGCCAGACCAAGACGAUGGAAAAUCCUACCCAGCUUAAUAUGGAGGCAGAGUCUGUAGCUCUGAUCAGAUGGUCUUUCCUCUCGAGAUUGGAGAAGAAAGUUCUGAGUCAAAAAGCUAAGAUUCACUGGUUAGGAGUUGGAGAUGGUAACAAUAAAAACUUUCAUAAGGUUGCAACUAUCAGGGAGGUUCGAAAUUCCAUCAGAGAAAUUAAAAGAGCUGAUGGCUCAAUAGUAGAUAAUCAAGAAGAUAUUAAAAAGGAAGCUGUGGAGCAUUUCAACAACUUUCUAUCUCACACGCCCCCUGAUUACAAAGGUGUACGAUUGGAUGAGCUAAAAACUCUUUUGAAUUAUGAUUGUGCGCAGGAGGACAUGAACAUGCUAAUUGGUGAGGUUCCAAGGGAAGAGGUAAUGAGGGUUCUCUUUGGAAUGGCAGCAGACAAGUCUCCCGGCCCGGAUGGUUACACCAGUGAGUUCUUCAAAACUACUUGGGCACCGGUGGGGACUUUGUUACUGCAGUGAAGUCUUUCUUUGAUAAAGGGUUUCUCCCAAAAGGGAUUAACUCAACAAUAUUGACGCUCAUCCCCAAGAAAGAUGAAGCCAUUUCAAUGAAAGAUUACAGACCCAUCUCCUGCUGCAACGUGAUCUACAAGGUUAUUUCAAAAAUCUUGGCUAAUAGUUUGAAAAGGUUGCUUCCUUCAUUCAUAUCUUCGAACCAAUCGACAUUUGUCAAGGAUAGGCUGCUUAUGGAGAAUGUUUUAUUGGCAUAUGAGCUUGUUAAAAACUACCACAAGGACUCUGUCUCUGCAAGAUGUGCGGUUAAAAUAGAUAUCUCGAAGGCUUUUGACUUAGUACAGUGGUAUUUUAUGCUCUCUAUCCUUUCAGAAAUGAACCUACCAGAGAAAUUCAUCAUAUGAAUCGAGAAAUGCAUAGAUCUGGCAUUCUUCUCUGUUCAGAUUAAUGGAGAGUUAGCAGGAGACUUCGUAAAGGCUGCUCUCUCUCGCCAUAUCUAUUUGUGAUAUGUAUGCAAGUGUUGUCUAAGCUCCUAGAUAAAGCCGCAAAAGCUAAGAGUAUUGGAUACCAUCCACACUGUCAGGAACUAGCUCACUCACCUCUGUUUCGCUGAUGAUGUUCUAGUCUUCUCAGACGGGAAGCAAAGCUCUAUUGAAGGCAUCCUGAAAGUAUUUCGAAAUUAUGCGACAAUGUCUGAUCUGAAUAUCAGCCUAGAGAAGUCUACUCUCGACAUGGCGGGUAUUACUGAGGAUGAUAGCGUCGCAAUCCUGAUUUAGUUCCCAUUUGAAACAGGUUCUCUCCCGGUCAGAUAUCUAGGCCUUCCAUUGAUGUCAAAAAAGUCAGUAAAUGAUUAUGCUCCCCUGCUCUCGAGAAUAAGAUCGAAGAUCAGCUCCUGGACAGCUCGACACCUUUCCUUUGCUGGUAGACUGCAGCUGAUUGGCUCAGUGAUAUUUUGCCGGCCAGAUAUCUAGGCCUUCCAUUGAUGUCAAAAAAAGUCAGUAAAUGAUUAUGCUCCCCUGCUCUCGAGAAUAAGAUCGAAGAUCAGCUCCUGGACAGCUCAACACCUUUCUUUUGCUGGUAGACUGCAGCUUAUUGGCUCAGUGAUAUAUAGCUUGACAAACUUUCGGAUGUCAGCUUUCAGGCUUCCAAACUAGUGUAUUUAGGAAAUCAACAAAAUCUGUUCAGCCUUCCUCUGGCCAGGUCCUGUUCUAUCCACUUAAAAAACUAAGAUAGCUUGGUCAGAUUUCUGUGCGCCGAAGGAUGAAGGAGGGUUAGGGCUGAGAUCUCUGGAGGAAGCUAACAAAGUCUCCUGUUUAAAAUUGAUAUGGUGCAUUCUCUCUGCUAGGACUGCUCUGUGGGUUCAAUGGAUUCAAAAGUAUCUUAUCAGAAAAGAUUAUUUAUGAAGUGUGAAAGACACAAGCUCUUUAGGUUCUUGGAUGUGGAAGAAACUUCUAAAGUUUCGACCCUUAGCCUCGCAACUUACAAGAGUUGACAUCAGAAAUGGCCUAAUGACAUCAUUCUGGUAUGAUCAGUGGUCUUCCUUGGGUAAGCUACUUGAUCUAACAGGAGAAAGAGGUUGCAUUGAUCUUGGUAUCCCGAUAAACGCCACAUUGUAAAGGGCCGUGAAGGCUUAUCGUUGCCGAAGACACAUAACUUUUGUCUUGAUGCAAAUUGACCAGGAAAUUAUGGGACUACGGCGCCAUGACCUUGUCCACGAGGACGAUAUUUGUCUUUGGAAGAGGGAGAAUGGUGGUUUUCAUCAUGUUUUCUCCACUUCUCAAACAUGGCACCUCACUCAAUCUCAACCACCAAAGAUUCCAUGCCAUAAAGGAGUUUGGUUUCCUGAAGCUAUUUCUAAGUACUCGUUCAUUACACGGCUUGCAAUGCAUAACAGAUUGUCGACCGAAGACCGGAUCCUCAGGUGGAAUUCUCAAGUUGUUUCUACUUGCUGACUAUGUAACUCGGCUGAACAAACUAGAGACCACUUGUUCUUUGAAUGUUCCUAUUCUGCGGAAGUCUGGAGAGGAACCAUAAAAGACUUGCCCGAUCCUGGCUGUCCGAAUCAAUAGACUCCUCUGAUUUAAAAGCUGGUGACGGGGCUGCAUGGGAGAGAACCUUGAGCUUUUUGUUCAUAUACUGUUUUCAAGCAGUGGCCUAUGUUAUAUGGUUUGAAAUGAAUGCUCGUCGAGUUGGGGAGCCUUUAAAGCCCUCUAAUCUGAUGAUCCUCUAUCUGGAUAAGUUGGUUCAGAACAAAAUAUCAUCUUUGAGAAGAACAGUUGCGAGUAAGCACGAGAAGGCCAUGACAAUCUGGUUUGGGAGGAGAUGAACUUCGGUUUCUUUCAAAUUCCAUUCUAAAAUUCAAAAUAUUUAUCCUUUUUGUAGAUAAAAAAUAGCGUUAACUUGUACAAAGGUUUAUGAAGUCAAUAAAUUUAAAAUUCUUUCAGAAAAAAAAAAAGAUAACUGAUUCUGAAAUUACUUGAAGAAUACGUAGAUUGAGAAUAACAAAUAAACUAAUCUAUUUUCAUAUGAGAGAAUGGAAUAUCCCUUAGCAUCGUCCACCAGUUAGCAUAUGCCUUGCUUUGUGAUCUACGUUUCUUGAAGCAUUUAUUAUCAAGUUAUUUUAAAUAUUUUGUGAUUGGUUUAUUUUAAGAUCUAUGUAUAUAAGAAAAUUGAAGUCAAUGAUGUACUAGAUAGACAGCUAUUAACCAGAAUAUGUAUCCUAUCGGCUUGUGGUUUUAAAAUAUUACAUUAAAAUCCGCAUUAAUGCUACAUGAUCUGAUAUGAAUAGAUCAUAUUCGACGGGACUUGGUGAGCUAAAAACGAAAAUGAAACACUUU